UGAGUUUGUUUUUUAACUAAAUAUAAACGUCUGAUUGGAUUAAAUUCAUGAACUUUAAUCCCAAAUUUCACAAAAAUAAUUGUAUUUAAUACACUUGUCAAAUAAAAUUUAAGUUCAACAGUCUAGCCUCCUCAAACAGUGAACUCUUAGCUGCAGUUCAAGAUGAUGUCGGUAGUAACGUUUGAGAAGCCCAUAUCCAAAGUAGCGCUGCCGGAUUGGCACGGCAAGGUAGCGGAGCUACGACAGACUUGCGACUCUCGGAGAGCCGAUGCGUUCAGUCUUUGGAAUGAAGCUAGACAGCUGCGGAAUGAAACCAACUGCAAAACUCAGUGGGACACGUAUCACAACAACGUACGACUGGCUGAUCGAAUCACAGAGGUCUCUCGCUGGAGAGAACUCAUUGAAAGUUGUCUCAAAGCGAUUGAGAAGGAAAUCGCUGAGUUGUCAUCGGAGAAGGAGAUUACCGAGACAGAGAUAGAGAGGUUGAACUUGAACUUCACGGUUGUCAACGAGUGUCUAAGCAUGCGAGACCAGAGGGGAGGAGCCGACCUGUGUAGGGACGAGGGGGAAGCGGAACUGAAACAUGAGUUGAGCACGCUGGAGUCGCUCAAGAAGAUGCUGACGGACAAGGCAGCCGCAGCGUGGGAGCAGAUUAACCGUCUGGAGGAGGUGAGGUUCCAGCUGCAGCAGGAUCUGCUGGACAAAGACGAGGCUCUGGAGAUCUGCCGCAACAGUCUCGGGCUGGACAAGAACUGCGCUAAUAUCAGCUACAAGCCAAACCCGCUUCGGCUGCCCAACAAACUGAUAUCUUACGAGUCCUGGCUCGAGCACUGUAAGUACCUCAAGUUGAGGGCAGACAAUGAGUUGGCUGCGGCUCAAAAGCUGAGAGAAUCCAUGUACGUCCCAAGAGAGAGAGCCCAGAACGACAUGAAAGCCCAGAACGAUGCGACAAACUUCGCCUUGAGGAAAAGAAUCUACGAGACUCAACGUAUCAAGAACGAACUGGACUGGCAGAGAUUCAACAUACUACCAUAUAUGGACAGACUGAUGAAGGAAAUUGACAACCUGGAGCAGGCUUUGUUGGACAAGACAAACGCGUUGAAGCUUGCAGAGACGAGGUGUGAGAACCGGUUGUACCGGCCUGGCGCAGAGCUGUGCCGGGACGAGCCUAUGCUGGGUCUGCAUGAUGAGGUGUGUCAACUGCGCAAAACCCAGCAGGACCUUCAGAACAAAAUUGAUGCGGCCAAGGCAACCUACAACAUGUUGGAAGAUCAAUUGAUGGUGAUUGACAGAGAGUUGUACAACAAAAACCAAGCAUUAACAACAGAUCUGAGAUGUUUGGACCUCAGAGCUAGAUUGUCAACCGGAGGAAGAGCAGAACCUUCUACCCAAACUGAUCGAAACAUCGUUCUGACAAGAAUGCAAGACGAAAUACCACCAGAACCUUAGCUCAACUGUAACCAUUCAAUCUCACCUGGAAGCACUUCAAAAUUUAACACUUGAGUAAUCACUUAAAAUGUUAAUCUCCUUCAACUUUCUCCAUCACAAGACAAAAAUUGUAAUGGUCGCCUUUGUCUCUAGUGAUUUGUACUUUUGAAAUAAAAAUGUGGUGUG